UACCGGAAGAUCCAUUUACCCGGUUGUAUAUAUAUUCACCGGAUACUUAUGUUGUUCCAGAACUUGAUGGAAGCGCAAAAAUAAUGAUUUCUGAAGGUGAACAAUUACGUAUUUAUUGUGUAUUUGAAGCUAGACCUUCAAGUGAAUUUCAUGGUUGGCGUGGAACAACUACAGAUAUUGAAAAUAAUCUAAAAAUUGAACAUAGAAUUUAUUCAUCAUUAGCACAAACAGAUCAUGUUAAUUUAAACUUAGAUGGACAAAAAAUUGAAUGUGUCUAUGGUGAAAGAACUAAACCAGUCGAAAUAUCUGUUAUUCCUAAGGAUGAACGAAAACUUCAUGCCAAAAUAUUGAGUGAUGCAUUUAUAAAUGAUCGUCUUGUCGGUAUUACUGGAAGUGAUAUGAAUUUGACAUGUGAUGUUAAACAUACAACUAGAAAACCAGUGACUAUAGAUAGAAUUGAUUGGUUUGUUCAAUAUCCUAAUGGAAUAAGACGUGAUAUAAAACAUACACAAUUAGCAGAUAGUUUAUCAACUGGUCCUAAAGGUGAAUGGAUAUAUUUUACUAAAUUAACUGAUAAACCACAAGGUUUAAAUAUAUUUUGUGUUGUACGUUUAGAAGAUAUACAAAAAGCAACACAAGCCUAUUAUUCUUCACCACAUAUUAGUUUAUGGUUACGUGAACCAAAAGUAUUAGUCUUUAUUGAAGGACAAGAUCCUACAGGUAUAAUUACUGGCAUUGAAACAAAAACUGCUCAAAUUAAAUGUAUUGUUAAAGAUGCAUGGCGUAAUAAAACUGUAGAAGAAGCUGAUAUUGCAUGGGAGACAAAAGUUACAUCAAUUCAAGAAGAAUUGUCUAAUAGUAAUGAAAGAGCUAGACCACAACCAUCACCAAAUGAUUUACCAAUGUUAGGCGCUAAAGCUCUAUAUGAUACAAUGGUUAUAGCAGGUCUACGUAGACAACCUAAUUGGAUAGCUAGAUUUCGAUGUAAAGGAACCGAUUUAAAAACUGGUGCAUAUGGAUAUUCUGAUUAUGUGAAAUUAGAAGUUCUAGCUGGUGAUACUUUGGAACAAAUUCCUAAACUUCGACUUGUUAGUCAUACUGAUCCAAAUUCCCCUUAUCCAAAUAAGGUGGAAUGUAUUGAUGAUAAUGAAAAGUAUGAAUCACAAGUAACUUGGACCCGUCAAGAUGAACCAAUUGAUCCAGCACAAAUAACAACAACUCCUAAUAAGGCUGUAUUAAAAUGGACACAUAAUGGAAUAGAUAAAUUUGAUCCUAGAAUGGAUGCUGGUAUUUAUACAUGUCGAUCAGUGAAUUCAUAUUCAUCAUCAGUGAAACAAGUAUAUAUUCCAUAUGAUUUAAUAGCGACAGAUUAUGAAACACCAAUCACUCCUGAAGUAAGAAUAUUAUCGAAUGUGAAUGAAAUAUUCCAAGAUUCCGGUGAUCGUUAUGUUCGUGUUAUUCAAGGGCAACCAUUUGAAUUAAUUUGUACAUUCUAUGGACAUCCUCCACCAGAAGGUGGUUUACAAUGGUCAAUUGAUAGAUUUAAUGGAACUCGUAAUUCUUUAAGUUCACAUUGGUUAUCAAUGCAAGGAUUAAUUAUACAUUCUGGUCGUCAUUAUUGGACAACAAUUGGUUCACCACAAUUUGAUGCUCUAGGUAGACAUACUGGUGUAUUUCAAUGUACUGCAUUGAAUUCUAUUGGUCAGAUAAUUGAAAGAGAUCAAGUUCGAGUAGAGCUCCAUAAAGUCUAUGUACGUAUUAAUGAAUUGAGUGAAUCCGGUUUAAUUGAAAAUCAAAAAGGUUCUAAUGGUACAAUUACAUGUAAUGCAUAUGAUGGUUACUUACAGUUUAUUCUACCAGAUGCAACUUAUACAUGGGAAGUGGAACGUAUUAAUGGUGAACGUGUUCAUCCAAAUCUAAUUGCUGAUCAAAUUGAAUUAAAUAAUAAUCAAUUGUAUUAUCAUGGUUUAUCGCCUACAGCAAAUAAAUUAAGAAUACGAUGUAUUGCAUCAAAUGAUACAGCUCGUUACAUUUCACCAGAUUUCAGUUUUCGGGUAUUUGGUGGUGAUAAAGCUGAACCAGUGAAAACAUCAGAUAUUGAACCAGGUGGAACAAGAUGGAUAAGUGGAGAUGGUGAAGAAAGAAUCACUUUGAAAAUUGGUGGUAAAAAUGAUUUAACUAAUCAUGUUACAAUUAAAGAUGGUGAAAAUGUUCAAUUAAAUUGUACUGCUUAUGAUACAGUAACUGGAAAAGAAAUGACUGAUGGAAAUCUUCAUUUUGGUUGGAGAUUACUUGGUCUAUAUGGAGAAACAGUUCCAGAAGCUGGUUUAACCAGACAAUCAAUACAAUCUUAUACAAUAAACAAUGGUAAUACUGGGGUAUUGACUAUAGAAGAUACACGACCAUCACCAAAUCUACCACAACCAAGUGCACGUAUUCAAUGUUUAGCUACAUCAUAUAUUGAUGGGGUUACAUAUUAUAGUACACUUGUAGAUUUAAUAGUUUAUCCAGAAGAAAUCCCAGUAGAUCAUGUAAAAGAUGUGAAAGAUCGAGAAAAAUUAAAUCGUCUUUCUGUAAGUGUCGUUGGUCUAGAUGAUCGUGGAAGACUAUCUGGUACUGAAGGUUCUUCAGUAAAAUUAGAAUGUAUUGCUACAGAUCGUUCAACUAAACAACAUACAAAAGAAUCUGUAAUUUACGGUUGGGAAUUCAGUCGUUUAGAUGGUACACCAGUUGAUACAACAUCAUUAAUUGGAAUAGGAGAUAGCCGAUUAGAAGUAAAUGAAAAUCAAUUAAUUUUGCAAGGAUUAAAACAAACAACAUCAAUUCUUGGCCGUUGUCGUGUAAUAGUUCCAUCGGAAGAAUCAUUUGAUGAAGAUACUCAAUUAUCUCGAAGUGAAGAAGUAUUUUAUUCUCCACACUUUCGUUUCGAUAUCAUUGAUAGUGAUGGUACUGGACGUAGAGAUUUUAUUGCACCUAUGCAGCCAAUUGCGACAACAAAAGACAGUGAUAUUUUCAUUAAAGUUGAUGGAUUAGAUGAGAAUGGAGCAUUAUCAGCUAAUAAAGGAGAAAGUGUAGAAUUAAACUGUAUUGCAAUGAAUCAAACAACAAAUGAACCAAUUACUGAAGAGACAAUAACAGAUGUAGAAAUUAAUUAUGGCUUAGAAGUGAUACGUUUGAAUGGAUUACCAGCUUCUACAUUGGAAUUAGCUAAAACUAUUGAUAUAGACCCAGAAACUGGUCAAAUAAAAUUGAAUGAACUACGUAGUCAUUUGAAUGGUAAAGAUGUUAGAAAUCGUAUACAAGCUCGUUGUAUAGCUGAAAUCAAUUAUAAAUCAGAUAAAUAUCCUGAUCAAGGUUUACAACGUUAUGCUAGUCCAUAUUUCUUAGUCAAUAUACCAAAAGAUGUAGAAGCCUUGCCAGAUUAUAUAGAUGUAACACAUUCAAGAUAUGAAGUAACUGUUGGUGGAUUAAAUAAUCAAGGUGUGUUAAAAGUACAACCUGGACAGAAUAUUCAAUUAAAGUGUAUUAUUCGAGACAAAGAAACUGAUACACUAAUGGAUACAUUAACACAAAAUCAAUUUAUUGGAUGGCAAUUUCCUGCAUUACCCAGUGGUCAUCAAGUAAAUAUGGGUGAUUUUGCUACACGUUCUAAAGUACAAAAUGAUGAAUUACAUUUAGAAAAUAUACGUAAUGAUUAUCCAGAAAAUUUACAAGGUCGUUGUUGGUUUGAUGAUGGUUUCAUGCAUUUUUAUUCACCAUUCUUUCCUAUUGUUCCACCAAGUAGCGUAACAGAUGGUCGAGUACGAGUGGAAGUACAAGAAAUUGGAACCACGGAUCAAAAAGAAUAUUUAUGUACUGCUUAUG